AUGGCUUAUAAAAAAAAAUCAUGUUAUUUUAAUGAUUUUUCCAUUGUGGAUGCUGAAAAUUUUGAACCUCCACAAUUGUCAUCAACUCCGUUUAAAAAUAUAAAAAAAAAUUCAAAAAAAAUUCUGAAAGACAAUUACAGUUUAAACAUUAAUGUAAUAGAUAAAGAAAAUCAAAAUAAUAAAUCAAAUAUAGAAAUUGAAAAAUUACCAUACAAACAUAAAAUAUCAGUAAUAGAAGAGAAUUAUAAGCAUAAUCAAGUACCAGAAUUAUUCUACAGUGACCCAGAAGAGUCUUUGGAAAUUGAUGGAAACAUAAAUGACACUAUAAUAAAUGAUUCUGCUGAUAAAUGGACAACUUUAACGGAUAUUUCUGUGGAUAAAACCUGUACAAAUAUUUCUGAUUUAUUAGCUGAAAUUGAUGCCAAAUUAGAAGUCAGAUUUGAGAAACCCCCAAGACGAUCAUAUCCUGGAAAAAAAAGAAACAAUAAGAGUUUGUUUGAAGAUAAAGAAGAAAAAAAAGAAGUAGAAGUUCAAUUAACAAAAAAAUACAAAAAACCUAAACAAAAGAAAAAGAUUGACCCUCAAGAAGAGGCCUUCAUAACUUCCAUAAAUGAACACUUCAUUGAUGUAGAAACAUUCAAUUUAGUUGUUGAGUAA